GACAGAUGGACAGAGAGCCGCGCUGAUAACUGAAGGGGACAGAACUGAUCUUCAGCUUCAGAUAAGAAACAUUAAACCUCCCCAUGCUGAAUGUGAGAUGCAAAGAAGAAGAUUAGAGAAUGGGAGCUGAGCUUUUAUACUCAACAAACAUCCUUUUUUAAACGUCCAGGAUUUUUCAACCCAGUAUUUUUUUUCUGUUUUUCCUCUUCUGAACAGCAGUCUUAGAUUUCACUCUAACAUAUUAACAUUUUAACAUAAUGGACCCCUCUUCAGCUCCUACUGCUCCGUACACGUUUACUCCCAUCCAGAACGUCUCAGUGCCUUCCUCCUCUCCCUCUGUCUCUCCAUCUCCAAGCUUUGCCUCUACAGCUCUCUUCUGCUCCCUCCUCUCGCUCCUCUCUCUGCUGGGCAUCACAGGAAACCUUUACACUUUGGUUCUCCUCCUGAGGCGCAGCAGAGGUAGGAGAAGACGUGGAGCGGGACCGGCCUGCUGCCUAACAGGAAUACCCAUCCCCUCUUGCCUUGCAAACUCUGCCUCCCCUUCCUCCUCCCCCUCGUCCUCCCCUUCUUCCUCCUCUCUUCACCUCCAGGUGCUGAGUCUGGCACUGGCAGACCUGCUCUACCUUUUCACCGCUCCCUUCAUCGUGUAUGACAGCUUGGCAUCAGGAUGGACCUUCGGGGAGCUGGGAUGCCGCCUCCUCCUGAGCCUGGACCUCCUCACCAUGCAUGCCUCCAUCUUUACCCUCACUGCCAUGAGCAUGGACCGCUACAGAGCUGUAGCCCAUCCCUUGCGCACCUCAUCUUCCAACUCCUCUAACCUGCUGCGGGUGAGCCUGGCAUGGGGUCUGGCUGUGGCUCUUAGCCUGCCCAUGAUGAUCACCUUGCACCUGGAGGAUGGGGAGCACGGGGAAGGACAGCUUUGUGUCCCAGCCUGGGACGAACAGAGCUCCAAGGCUUAUCUGAGUGUACUUUUCUGUACCAGCAUCCUUGGCCCUGGAUUGGCUAUCGGAGGACUUUACGCCACUCUGGGCCGGCUGUACUGGGUAUCACAGACCCAGCCAGCAUGGGCCAACGGUAACAGCACAGCAAGCAGUCCCAGAGCACCAAAGCCUAAAGUCCUGCUACUCAUCCUAGGUAUUGUCUUGGCCUUUUGGGCCUGCUUCCUCCCCUUCUGGAUAUGGCAGCUGCUCCCCCUCUACCAGCCAGACAUGCUUCGAACAUUACCGGUUGGAACCCAGGUGACCGUUAACCGCAUUCUUACAGGACUAACUUACGGAAAUUCUUGUGUCAAUCCCUUCUUCUACACAUUACUGACUGGGAAACGGAAACCCAACAGGCGUGUGCUUGCAUCAGCGAAUCGGCUCUGCUGCAAGGGCAGUCCACUGCAGUAACGUGAUUGUCUCCAACAGCAGAGCCUAAAAUGCGAUGGUGCUUAUGAGAGUGCAAUAAUCUAUGAGGAUGCUUUAGAGAUUCCAAUAUAGGCUACCAAAGAUCAGUGACUCCAUCUGUGAGAUGAAAAAUUUGAAUAUUCAAGAAAUGAUAGCACUUUGUAUUAAAGCUUCAUGGAGGGUAAUUCUUUUUUCUUAGAGAAUAUGAAUAAUACUGAGCUUCACCUGCAAAAGAUAAAAAUGUUUGUAAGAUGUUUCUACAAUGAUCAGAUGGUACUGUGCCUUGCAAAGGUAACCUCAGCAUUUUCUUUUAAUAAUCACAAACUUCUGUGUUUUUCAUGUAAUAGAUGGAGAGUAUUGCCUUCAUUGUGAACUACAAUUGUGCUCUGUAAUUUCUAUCCAACUUUUUCUGCAUCAAUGGUUUCAAUUAAAUAUGCAAAAAUUCAAAUGAAGGAGAUUUAGGUCCAACCCAUUUUAAGAUAUCACUAUACUUUGAUCUAAAUAUUUUAAAUCUAUAUUGCCCUGCUGGAAAGAGAAGAUUCACCACAGUUUGACUGAUGCUGUCAGUUUUAAGUGUACAGCCAUGUCAGUGGGCUUGCAUACGUAUUGUACCUUUUCUGUUUUAGGAGAAUGUAUUGAACAAUACAUUGUGAGAGGCUUCAAGCUCGGGGAGAAUGUUCUCUCUAACCUGCCUGCCUUG